CAACACAACAUUCAAAUCAAUUCCAGAUUAUAUAUCGCAAAGUGCUUUUUGCAUUGAGGGAGUUCACAGCAACCACUUCGUUCAGUAUAGAGAUAGUCAUUGAGGGGAGUUUCCUACCUUUCAGCUCAGAAUGCUCCUCAGACUCUUUGUGAUUUCCUUGUUUCUUUUAACGGUUGUGCAGAGCAGAAAACGACCUUUGCAAAGUGAUGUGUGGGACUAUAGAUAUGGAUCUGAUAAGGUUAAUUUGCGUGGAGUUGCCAAUUUGACAGAAGUAUUGGACAACUGGAGAUUUGACAUUAUGACUCAAAUGAGAAACUUGCUGAUAAAUGAUCACCAGUCUCUCCUCCCUGACUAUUCCAGAAUCUCUCCUCUGUCCGAGGCACUUGAUGAUCUCUUCAAAGAGUUUAAUUCACUGAAAGAACACCUUGGACACCUAACUGAAAAAUUUAGUGCUGUGGAAGAGUCUGUUGAUCAAAUUAAAGUUAAGCUUGCUGAAAUACCAAGCGGACCUAGGCAAAAGCAGAACUUUCCAAAGAGAAAAGUUUUGGCUUCGAAAAGGAAAGUACCUCAGCAAUAAGUCAAUGUACAAGUUAUCUACAUGAUUUACAAAUCAUACAUUAUAUAUAUAUAUAUAUAUACUUACUGGUUUUGUUGCAGUUGGUUACAGUUUGUUGGUGAAAUGCUCAAAGAAUGAUUUUGUUAGUUAAGGAUAUUUCUUAUAUACUUCCAAAAUCUGACCAGUACAAUUUCAUGUAAGCUGGUGUUCUCACACUAUUUUGUAGAUAUUUUCUUCACAUUAUCUUUAUGCCUUAA